CUCGGCAUUAUUUUGCAAAUAACGGACGACGGCGUACUUUUCAAAUAAGAUUAAAUUUUUUCGUUUCCUUCUUUUUCAUUUCUUACUAUUCAAAAACCCAUUAAACAACAAAUUACCGACGCAUACACGCAAAACCGACAACGCCAUUUUGCGUUUGUUGCUGUUGAAUCGAGUCUCGUUGUGACACGCGUUCGAAUGUGCAUAUAAGCUUCUGUUGUAUGUUUUGUUGUUGUGUGAAAUGGUGACAACCGCUCCCGCAAACGUCAAAAAUUAAAGUUAGAAUUUCAUUGUGUUUUGUGCGCGCAAUUAAACGUUUUUAGUCCGAUAAUGGCGUUGACAGUUUCUCUAUUGAACCACGAACGAAGCCGUUACGCUUCGUUAAUGCGGUCCAGUUUAGUAUUGUUUUAUUUUUAAGUAAACAAUCAGUGAAGCAUCAUUUCCUCCUAUACAUUCGCAGAUACAUAAACCGCAAAAUUAAUGUCACUCGAUUUGAAACUAAAAUUUAAUUGAAAAAGUGCACCGCAUUUAAACCGACAACACAAUUCGUAUUUGUCAUUUUUGUAUUACUUUUUGUCACUUUGUGGUCAGUUACGCACGGUAAGAGCCGCAGUCGCUUUCGUUUUGCAAAUGGUCACGUGCGGUCGUCAACCAUUCAAUAUGCUGCCGAUGGCGCCAAUUAAUCCUUUUGUUGUUGGACUGACACCAUCGGUUGCGGCAGCUGUGGCGGCUACAACAACAGCAUCGACAACCAAACCAAAAUUAGCAUUUAGUAUAGACUCCAUUGUCGGUGGUGGUGCUGGUGGUGGUAUCACUACCGCAGAUAGAAGAUCAUUGCUGCGUCCAAGUGUUAUAUCACCUACGCUAUCAUCCUCGCAGCGUAGCGAUAGUCCAGAAGAACGUGAACGUAACACAAGCUACGAACGUCUCACACCCAGUCAACUAAAUGUCAGUGAUGACUCCCUUAAUUGCCAACAACCUUUAGAAUUAAGAAAUAGUUUAGCCAUAAGUCAACGCCACAUUGCGGAACAAAAACAAGCGUUACAACGUGGUUUUAUUUAUUGUAGGAGACGUUCUUCUUUGGAUCGCACACCGGAACGCGAAACUGCCAGUCCUACAAGAUGCCGCUCACGUUCCCGUUCGCCAAAUCAUAGCAGAUCUCCUACGCCUUCUACGCACAGCACCCAAAUACCAAUACUUGGCACACCUAAAGUACCUAUACAUGUACCAGGUAUACGUCCGAUUCAAUUACAACCACAAGCAGCUGCAACCAUCAAUAACUCAACGGAUGGCACAGCACCAGCAACACAUCAAUUAGCACCACAAACUACAACAUUAGGUUCCUCUCAAACGUCCAUAGCGCCAGUAGCUACUGCACUGCCGCCCACUAUAUUACCAGUUGGUAAUAUUGUGGUACCAGCUUCGCCGCAUGGACCACCUCCACCUACUAAUCCACACUUUUUAGCUGCACAAUUUCAAAUGGCGGCCGCUUUGGCACAUCAUCACCAGCAGCAACAGCAACAACACCAUCCACCACCACCACAUUUAACCACUGGUCAUCCAAUUGGUAUUUUUCCACCGGGACCACAUCAUCCACAUUUUGGCGGACCUCAUAUAAUACGUGACAGUUAUCCAUUGUAUCCGUGGCUGCUGAGUCGACAUGGACGUAUAUUUCCGCAUCGCUUUCCUGGUAAUUUUCUACUGCAACCUUUCCGCAAGCCAAAACGUGUGCGCACUGCUUUUUCACCCACACAAUUGCUUAAAUUGGAACACGCUUUCGAGGGUAAUCAUUAUGUUGUGGGUGCGGAACGCAAGCAAUUGGCUCAGGGGCUUAGCCUGACCGAAACACAGGUUAAAGUAUGGUUCCAAAAUCGUCGCACCAAACAUAAACGCAUGCAGCAAGAAGGUGACAGCGAUUCGAAGAGCAAUAAGGGCAGCAACGCUGGUGAUAACGAUGGCAAAAAUGAGAGCUCACAAAAUAGUUUCGAAGAUCAGGAGGAUGAAUAUGAUGAAGAAAUUGAAGACGAAGAUGAAGUUAUUGAUAUGGAUGAUUAUGGUAGUGAAAUAGAUGCGGAAGAACAACAACGUUUACGUGAACAAUUUCAACAGCAAUUACAGCAUCAUCAGCAACAAAUGCAACAACAAAUGCAGCAACAUAUGCAACAACAACAACAGCAGCAGCAACAGCAGUUACAUGGUAGAGAUCAGCAGAGCCAACAGCAAGAACACCAAUUAUUACAACAGCAGCAGCAACAACAACAACAACAACAGCAGCAAUUUAUACAACAUCAAUUGUAUUUACAUCAUCAACAACAGCAGCAACAACAACAACAAAAACAACAGCAACAUCCAUGAAAUUAGUUUAUAACGUAUCUGAUAUGAAAGUUAUGCCCCAGGUGGGCUUUAUACAUUGGCGUUUGCAUUCUGUGUUCCUUUAAUUAUUUGUAAAUUAUAUGAGUAAUUUAUUUAAUUAAUUUAAUUGCUUAAGAUAGAAAUUUAUGUAAUUGACUAAUAAUUAAGUAAAGUUAAUAAAAUAAUAAAAUUUAAA